CAAAGUUUUGUAUUUGGGCCUCUUCCUAUUUGGAUGUGAACACUUGCAGGGCCUCUUGAAAGUCAAAUUCUCAGCUCCUGCCCUCGAGUUGCUUGAUACAUUGCUUCAAUUAAAAGAAACAUGUAUAUCAAGCCGCGAGACCUGACCGGGCUUGUUUAAAUCCGGUUUCGUUAAUUAUUGAGCAAGAAUUCUUCCCGCUACUAAGAUUCGGCGGAGGCAGAGAAUGGCCCCCGACGGUGGCCGUGGAGGCGGUGGUCUGUAAGUGAGAGUUCUCCUGAUUAGAUGACAGCUUAGGUUCUUCAAUUACUAGGACGAAAUGGCGUCAAAAUUAAUGGAAAGAUGUGCUCACGAGGCGGAGAACUCGCUCGAAAUUACUCUGCGAGAGGCAUUCUGUUGUCUCGAGCCUCAACUUAGGCCUCCUUUUCCCCUGACCAUCCCAACUCAAGAACAGUACUCGCAGCUCAACAAUGCCAUUCUUUACGGCAUUUUGUGCGAACCCCACCUCGUUAAAAUUCACAUUAAGCAUUUACACGGUGUUAUCACUGAUGGAUACGAGUACUUCACGAGCAUUCUUGUCAAAAUUGUGAAUGAAAUAUAUGGAAAGUUAGUCGAUUCUGCAAAAAGGCAGUUGAUUUGGGUUACUCGUGAGAUGGUUGAUGUGGCAGCAGUCGGAUUUGAUGGUUUGUUGGUGGCCCUUCUGCGGCAGAUUGUUGGUGGGGAUUCUAGUGAGGAGAAUCUGUGGUUGUGUUUUGAAAUGGUCAGUCUUUUCUCGAGCAAAUGGGAUUGUUUGCUGGAAGAGUUCCCCUUGGUUUUGACUGGUGCUUUAUAUGUGUUUCUGAGGUUGUUGUCUGAUCACUGCAGUUUAUUGAAUGCUCCAAAGAUUGAGUCCUUGAGGAAAAUGGAGAAGGAUUUUUGUGUGAAAAUGUUGAGGGAGAAGUUCAGCUUGUGUUUGAGGGUUGGAAGGGAUCUUCUUAGGCUUUUGCAGGAUUUGGUUCAUGUUCCGGAGUUUCGGUCUGUGUGGAAUGACUUGUUGUAUGCACCUAGCACAUUCGGAGUUGGUGAGUUUUUGGAUAUAUCGAAUCUGUACUAUACAAGGACUUCAAAAUGGUAUUUUUUGCUUAGGGUGAACCCACAAAUGGAGUCUCAGUUGAGGUUUUUGUUGACUCAUGUGAAAUUUGGUAGCCAAAUGAGGUAUCAGGUUUGGUUUACAAAGAAGUUUCUUAGUGCACCUGAGAAAAAUGCAGUCUUGAUUGAUAUAGUGAGGUUUAUAUGCUGUGCUCACCAUCCAUCUAAUGAUAUUAUCCACUCAGAUAUUAUCCCUAGAUGGGCUGUAAUAGGUUGGCUACUGAAGUCCAGUAUGAAACACUACAUUGAAGCAAAUACGAAGCUUGCAUUAUUUUAUGAUUGGCUCUUCUUCAAUGAAAAGGUGGAUAAUGUGAUGAAUAUCGAACCUGCACUUCUGUUGAUGGUACAUUCUAUCCCUAAAUAUAUUGACAUCACAAAUUCUCUGCUUGAGUUUCUGUUUCUUUUAUUGGAUAAUUAUGAUCUUGAGAGGAAGGAGAUUGUGCUUCGUGGAAUAUCAACUGCUUUCCAUACACUUCUUAGGAAAGGCGUCAUUGAGUCACUAGAUGUUUUAACUAGAUGUGAUAAGCUUUCCCCAAAUCUUAAGGAAAGACUUGCAGAAUUGCUCGCAGGCUGUUCUGGCAUCGUAGAGAGUUCCAGAAUACAGUCUUCUCAAGUGCUGUAGACUGUAGUGCUUUCGUUUUUCAAGUCUGGAAUGCCAGACAUCAUUAUCGGGCUUCAGAACAAGCUCUUUGCAGCAGUUAAGGUAUAGCUAUACUUAGCUGCAAACAUCUGCAGCCAUUCUCUUCAAGCUCGUGGAUUCUUUACAAGUUUCGAGACCAGAGAAGAUAAUAACCAUUUGGCACGUGUCUCUCGCUUAUGUCACUCGAGAAGCUUGGUUACCGAUAGCUCUGCUAUUCUAAAUUUCUAAGUAUAUCUGCAUUCUCAAGUAACUUUUUUCUCUUGGAUUUUCUGACUAAUUUUACCUUUGGAAAUAGUAAAUUUAUAGCCUUGUUCUAUUCUUUGUCUUUGUUCACAUGACAUUGCAUAGCUGCUCCAACGAUUAACCCUUAUCUCCUUCUAUCAUGAAAUUACAUUAUCUAACAAGACUUUGCCAGUUUGCCUUAUUUCGAGUAAUAUUUCCCAUCUUCUUUUCCUCUUUCCAGCUGCCUCAAAUUUUAUAUAUUUGAUUCCUGAACCUGAAUCAACUCUAACAGAUCUACCUAUCAAUUUGAAGCUAAUAUUUUGCUUAUAUGUGAAUGCUUCGAGUUACUGUUGUUAGAGAACUUCGGAGAUCCAUUGCUCUCAUCUUUUCAGUAUAGUGAAUAAAAUAACUUUGCAGGCUCAUCGCGCUUUACCAUUGAAUGCUGCACGGUUCAUCAAUCUGUAUAUCACGGCUUUGGUAUGAAUUUCUGGAGGAUUUCGGAGUAUUUUUCUUUAUUUCAUCACGGUAUUUUAAGAUUUUCUGUUUUUGUGUAAGAUGUUAAUGACACUGUUAUGUUACAGACUUCCCAAGUGAAAAAACGCAGUUUAUUUAAUUAUAUCCGUUGCAAUAUUUUCAAAA